GCCACCCCAAGGCCAAAAUCACCCAAGGCUGAAACACCUAAGGCUGCUACCCCUAAGCCUGCAACUCCAAAGGCUGCCACUCCCAAGCCUGCAACUCCAAAGGCUGCCACCCCUAAACCAGCUACUCCUAAGGCAAAAUCUCCAAAGGCAAAAACACCAUCACCAAGACCAGCUGCUGUCAAAGCUGCAAGUCCCAAGGAAACUCCUAAGAGGACCCCAGCUGUCAAUAGGUUGAGCUCAGGCAAAAAGGUGAGUCCAUUUGGAAGUCCAAGGGUGCCUACUAAAACUCCGUUGAAAGAUGGUAUAUCUGCCCUGAGAAGGAAGUCGGAGCCAGUAAAAGAGAGUAUUGAGGAGUCCCCUGUGAAGCCUACUACACCUGCCAAGUCUAAGACUCCUGCUAAGAAGGCCUCUACAGGCAAAAAGAGAAAAUCCACUGAGAGUAUUGCCUCGGCAGCUAAGCGUAAGCGUGUCUCCUUCGGUCCACAGUUGAGCCCAGAGCAUUUUGACAAGCAACUCCCUCCUGCUACUCCAGUGAAGCGUGGAGCUACCCCCAGGCGCCUUUCUGCUCCAUUGAUGGCCAAAGGAAAUGUUACCCCCUUUGCGAAAUUGAAACGCAAGUCAGUUGCUGCUACUCCGAUUGCCAUGAGUAUUGCAGAAGAGAGUCCACAAAGACCCUCGCCAAAGGCUACUCCCAAGGCCUCACCAAAGGCUGCAACUCCCAAGGCCUCACCAAAGGCUGCAACUCCCAA